AUGCCUCCGCCGAACUCGUCGAGCAGGUUGGUGGCGGCGAGCAGAGUCACACAGAAGAGGCGGACGUGGUGCUGUUGGACUCUCUUGCCCCCGUCCUCCCAACUUCUCUUCCUCCUUGUAUCCCUUCAUCCAUCCCUCCCUUCGUCUGUUCCUCCCUUCCUCCAUGCCGCCUCCUCGUCGCCGCCUGCCGCAUCGCUCUCUCAUCGCCUUCGCCUCCACCGCCGCCUCGCCGCCUUUAGGGACGAAACUGGCUGUCCUUCUCUUGUCUCCACGUUCCUCCAUGUCUGCUUCUCCCUGCAUGCGUCUCAACCUUGUCCUCUCCCCCCUGUCCUCCGCUCUCCCCCCUUAUCCUCUCUCCCCUGUCCUCCGCUCUCCCCCUGUCCUCCUCUCUCCCUUCCUUUCCCUCAUGUCGCACUUCCCCUUCCCCCCAGGUCCCUCCUCCCCCAUCCCCCAGGUCGCACUUUCAUGUUCCCCCUCAUAGAGAACCUUCUCACUCCCUCGCAAUGCACUACCACUCCCUUCCCUUUGCUUCCAUUCUCCUCCCCUCCUCCCUUCCCUUUACUCCCCUUCCUUUGUCCUCCCUGCACUUCCCUUCCUCUCUCCUCCCUAACCUCCAUUCCUUUCCCCUCUCUUCCGUUCCCUUCCCUUCCCUUCGCAUCUCUUCACCUCCCUGCCUCCCCUUUUUUCUCCCCGACGAAGCCAUGCCUUCACAAGUUUGGUGGCGCGAGGGUGAAGCAGCAGGGGCAAGAGUACAUAGAGGAGCUGAGGCAAUAA